GUAAUAAGAAAUGGCAACAACUCAUGCGCGUCGUUUACCGGUGUAUAACUUUUCGCCAUUUGUCGGAAAAAUAUCUUAUUGUUCUAUUAAAUAUAUGUGCAACAUUUUGUUGCAUUUUAAUUAAUAUUUCUCACUUGCUUAUAGUGCUUAUUUCAUUUCAUAAUGGAUAGAGAUAGGAAAAAGGAAGAUGAAGAAGAGCGUGAUCCUUUUGUUCUGAGAGUUAGAGGACUGCCUUGGUCUGCAUCCAAAGAAGAUAUUGUGAAAUUUUUUAGUGGGUGUAAUUUAAAAAAUGGGGCUUCUGGUAUUCAUUUGACUAUGUCGAGAGAAGGGAGACCUAGUGGUGAAGCCUAUGUUGAGUUUGAAACUGAAGAGGAUGCUGAAAAAGGUUUAGAUAAAGACAACGAACAUUUAGGCAGUCGCUACAUCGAAGUUUUUAGAUCUAAGCCUAAUGAAAUGGAAUGGGCUUUACGCAAAUGUGGUUUAGAUGGUGAAGAGGCCUUUGGUGAUGCCUGUGUUAGGCUAAGAGGAUUACCAUUCGGAUGCUCAAAAGAAGAAAUUGCUCAAUUUUUCACAGGGUUGGAGAUUGUCCGAAAUGGGAUUACCCUUCCAACAGACUUCAAUGGGAGAAGCACUGGGGAGGCAUAUGUGCAGUUUGCAUCACAGGAGAUAGCUGAAAAGGCGAUGGGGAAACACAAGGAAAAAAUUGGGCACAGAUAUAUAGAAAUCUUCAAAAGCAGCUUGCAAGAAAUUCGGAAUGCUAUGGGCAUGGGACCUGUACGAAUGAGGGGCAUGGGUGGAUCUAGCAGACCUAGUCCAUAUGAUAGAAAUGAUAGGUCUGGUGGUUUUGGUCGUGGAGGACGAGGAGGCCGUCGAGCUGGUGCUCCAACACCGUCUGGAUUUGCAAUGCGUGGUGGCUUCAAUGAAGGUGAAAGAAUAAGAGAUACUGGUCACAAUGUGCAUAUGAGGGGUCUGCCUUUUAGAGCUGUUGAAAGAGACAUAUUUGAUUUUUUUUCUCCGUUGAAGCCAGUAGCUGUAAGAAUUAAAUAUGAAUCCAGUGGACGAUCUUCUGGAGAAGCAGAUGCAAUGUUUGCCACUCACGAAGAUGCUGUCAGGGCAAUGAAAAAAGAUAAAGAAAAAAUUCAACAUCGAUACAUUGAAUUAUUCCUGCAGUCUGAACCUGACAUGUUCCGACACGACGCACCCUAUGGGGGUCCUUCGGGCAUGGGGCAGUUCAACAGAGGAGCUCGUCCCUUUGACUCCGAAGAGGGUUAUGGUGCCAUGGGUCCGGAUGAUGGAUUUGGUGGUCCUGGAAUGGGUGAUCGUGGCUUUGGCCCUAGUGGAGGUCCUGGUAGAAAUUUUGGCUCAGGACCUGAUAGAGAAUAUGAUGGAUUUGGAGAUGGAGCUUCUGCUAGAGGAUUUGGUGGAGGUGAUAGAGAAUUUGGAUUUGGUCCAGACAAAGGCUUUUCACCAGCUGCUGGGGAACGAGGUUUUGGUAGCACUACAGACAGAUCUUUUAACAGUGGUGUAGCAGAUAGAGGUUUUGGGAGAGGAGCUUCCACUCAAGGCUAUGGUAACAAUGCACCUGACAGAGGUUAUGGUGUUGGUGGGCGUCAGUUUAGUGGAGCUGCAGAAAGGCCCUUUGCUGGAGCUGACAGAUUUAAUGCUGAUACUGGAAAUGCUGGAUAUGGAAUGUCAAACAAUUAUAGGAAUGGUAACAGAGGAGAUGGCUUUGCCAGUGAUCGUGGGACUGACUCUGAUUUCUUUGGAUCAGGAAAGCUGUUUGGCGGCAACAAUUACCAAUCUGGUGGCAACAAUCGUGAUUUAAGUAUGAUGGGUCCCACCACAUAUCCAGGAUUUUAAUUUCAUCUCUUUAGAAAUGAACUUUUAUAAAAUAGUGUUUUCACUCUUCAACUUUGGCAGUAUGACAACAUAGCCAAUCUGUAUUGUAAUUUCUCAUUUUUCAUCUCAUUUUGUUUCAUCCAAAUAGUAUAUUUGUUUUCUGUUUACUGAUGUCUAUAUAUUGGACAUAUACUAAUUGCUUCUGUUAUUCAUAUGUAACUUAGAAUAAAAAUAACUCUUUAUGAGUUGCUUAAUUUUUA